AUGCGUGGUAAUGGCCCCAUAAGGCUGUGCCAGUGGGAAGCCCUCCUUGAACGUGUGGUUAAUUGGACUUGGUGGGUCUGUGAGUGGAUGAUUCAGGAAGCCGAAGCCGAAACCCUCAGCUCGGCAUGGAGAGCGGCUCCCCUGUUGGCCCUGGGUUCAUCUGAGGCUGGCUUGGAAGGUUUGGGCACCGUGUGGACCAGUUCUUUCAUCUCUGCUGAGCUCAGCAGUGACAGCGCUGAGCAGAGAAGAAAACUUUCCAGUGAAGGCCCCUUUCAGGGCUGGGCCCACCCCUUCCACCCAGGGCUGCCCAUCCAGGACUGA